AUGCAAUGCUCCGAGGCUUGCCAACAGAAGGAGCUGGCUAAAGGUAAAGUUGAACAUAGACCGCAGCGACCAAAGCUUUGGAUUAAUACCAAGGUGACGCCGGUUCAUGUUCUUGACAAGGCAAUGUGGGAACAGCCACCAUCUACGACAUUCGAAGACUUGAUGGAUGUUGAUGAGUCUGAUGCCCAGGAGCCUUCUGAAGAGUAUGUGCAGGGCGUGUGGACCGAGUACGGAUACGAGGAACAGUUGGCCAAGGGCUGCCCUAUCCCUAUCCCUGGAGUCUCUGGCGAAGAUGAGAGCAGUAGCGCAUCUCAAGAGAGUACUUCCGAAUACCCAUCGGAGUACGAUUUGAUGAUGGAAUUCGUUGCAUGCGAAGACGACCUGGCCAACGAGCGCGCCAACGAGACGAUGAACCUUCUCCACUGGUGCCCUGGUCCAGAAUGCUGCCCACCUUCACCACGCCUCCCACUGACUUCAGCACAGCGAGAUGCGGCUAUGGCCAAGCGCGAUGAGAUGAAUGACUUCGUCAAUCGUUAUCUACCAGAGCUUGAAGCUGCUCAGAACGCCGAGUACAUCUUCUGUGAAGCAGCUUCGAAGCUCUCGCGACAUAUCGAGACUGUCAAGGGUAUUCAAGAUGCCAUCUCAGGUGAUGAUCGAAAAUUGUUUGAGAACGGAAUCGAGAUUGAGCGUAGACUGGGAACUUGGCGCUGUGACAAGCAACAGGUUGGCCUUAGCAAGACUCUCAUCUUGACCUUCCGAGACAAUACGGAGAUCGAGCUGACCGAAGAAGAUUUCGAUCGUCUUCCGGGACGCAUGACGACCAUGAAUCCGAAUGUCAAAUCUAUCCAUACCAUGCAGCGUGCCACACUGAAGGAACCUUACAAUGGUUCUUGA